AUGAGGAUGCUUCUCCGUGGCAGUCAUUUCAUUUUGGGAGUUUGCAUUUUGUGUUUGGGUGUGUGGUGCUGUGCCCAAGCAGACAGUACUGAUGCAGCCCCCAUGGAGAAAGCUGAGCAAGCCGCUCUUUACUCUGCCAUACAAGGAUUUGUAGGUGAUUGGUGGAAUGGCUCAGAUCUCUAUCCAGAUCCUUGUGGUUGGACCCCUAUACAGGGGGUCUCCUGUGAUAUCGUUGGUGGCCAAUGGUAUGUAACUGCUUUGAGCAUUGGUCCCGUACAUGACAACUCUCUUGGUUGUGCCACUAAAGUGGAAUUUAGGGCUCAGCUAUUCCAGCUUAAGCACCUAAAAUCUCUCACCUUUUUCAAUUGUUUCAUCUCACCUCGCAGACAUCCGGUCACCAUCCCUGACGAUAAAUGGGAAAAACUUGCUGGCAGCUUGGAGUUAUUAGAGUUUCGAUCCCACCAAGGUCUCAUUGGGCAACUGCCAACAAGCUUUGGUUACCUAUUUAAGCUCCAAUCUUUAGUCUUACUAGAAAAUGGGCUAACAGGAGAAUUACCAACCAACAUUGGCAACUUAACUAACUUGAAUCGACUAGUCCUGGCUGGAAAUAGGUUUACUGGUCAAAUCCCAGAUAGUUUUGGAAGGUUGAAAAAGCUGUUAAUCUUGGAUUUAAGUAGAAACUCACUCUCUGGCCAUUUGCCUUUUGCUCUUGGCUGUCUGACUUCACUCUUGAAACUUGAUUUAAGUAACAAUCACUUGGAGGGGAAGCUGCUUGGAGAUAUAGCUUAUUUGAAGAAUUUGACCCUUUUGGAUUUGAGAAACAACAAAUUUUCAGGUGGAUUAACCCAGUCAAUUGUAGAGAUGCACUCUUUGGAAGAGUUGAUAUUAUCUCGCAACCCAUUAGGUGGAGAUAUUAUGAGCCUAGAGUGGCAAAGUUUACAAAAUCUGGUCAUUUUGGAUCUCUCUAAUGUAGGCUUGAUAGGUGAAAUUCCUGGAUCCCUUUCUGGUUUGAAGAGACUGAGGUAUCUGGGUCUUGGUAACAACAAUCUUACAGGCAAUCUCCCACCAAAGCUAGCAUCUCUGCCUACUCUUAAUGCACUUUAUGUAAAUGGAAACAAUCUGACAGGAGUGCUUAACUUCUCUGAAGAUUUUUAUGGGAAAAUGGUGAGGCGCUUUGGGGCCUGGAAUAACCCAAAUCUCUGCUACCCAUUUGGGCUAAUGACAGCAACUAAUGCUCCAUAUGGAGUAAAGCCAUGCCGACGAGGUAUCACUCUGCUCGAACCCAAUUCUAGGGCAAAGUUGGGGGAUGGGAAUUUGAAUCAGAAUUCCCAUUUCAUUGCCUCAUUGGGAUUCUCAAGCUACCGCAUUCAUGGGCUUUGGCAGUUUUUUUUGGUAGAUACGUCGAUAACAGUACUACUAUUGAAUCUUUUCCUGUAGGUCCUAUUUAGACUAAGAGAUGCUAGGCCUAGGCCUGAUAAUUGACCUUUCACAUGCAACAGCUAUGUUCUCUUUCUCUGUCUUGUAACCAAACAUCGAGCUACAAUACAAAUCUUUUAUUGGCCCAUAUUGCCAAAAAAAAA